AUGACACUCCGCAUUGAAAUCAAUGGCCUUGAGCUCAAAGUGGCCCUCCGGUCGAGCAACACUGGUGGCUUUCGUCAAGUCAGAUGUUUUCAUUUGCCUACGGGCCUGGAGCACACCAAAACCAUCGUCCUGGCAGCGUACCAAGAUCUCUUGUCUGAAGCUAGUGGUCGUGAUCCGGACGAGGAACGCAGCGAGAUCCACUUUCAUUGUCUUUUGUUAAUUACAGCGGGUCUUUCUGUGUGGCUUUGGGGUGACAAGAAAAAAGAUUUAGAAAACAAGAGCAGACACCCAUUGAUGUCCAUGAUGUUGAUGAUGCGGUUUACAAAAAAUGAUCCUCCUCCUAAGAGCGAUUAA